AUGUCACGCCAUUUCCCGUUGAUUGGAUUGUUUCUACCUUGCCAUGCAAUUGCUGCAGAUUUCCUUUUGUUGCAUGAUGUUAGUUUGGUAGGAAAGGAUGUCAAUUCAAUCAUAUGUGAUACGAUCAAGUAUCAAAACCAAAGUAGAAAGGAUGAAGAUUCAUUUCACUGCCAGCAGGCUUUCAAUAGAAUUAAGAAUGAAAAAUAUGAAAAAGAUUUUUACGCAAGAUUAUUUUUAUUCCACUAUUCAUCUCAGCUAACAUUUAUUUUGCAAAGAAAGCAGUUUGACAAUGCUGAAAGAGAAAUUACAUUAAAUAGUGAACGCACGCAACAGCACAAAAAAUUAAUUAAACGUUUGAAGCUGGAUGAAGCAAUUUGGGAUUGUGCAAUUUAUUCUCUUCGGGUUGAGAACAAAAGAAACACAAAAUGA